GUGUUAGAGGCGCUGAUUGUAGUUUAGCUAGGUUACUACUGCAAUGUGUGAAUUUUGUUUUUCUACGACCGAGCCAACAGCAAAUAAUGGACAUCAAAGAGAUCAUUUAUACCGGGAAAUGGUUUUAAUACUACAGCUAUCGUAAAAUACCACAGAAGAAGACAGGCGUCCAUUUGAAUUGACGUCAUGGCUCUUGUCCCGUAUGGAGAAAACGCGUUACCCGUUUUUUACAAACUCCACCACUCUACAGCAAAGUUUCAUUUUGCCAAACGGGACAUAAGUCUCGCGCAGGACUGGAACAAACUCGGCGUAGCGGCGGUAGUGUGGGAUGCUGCGGUGGUCAUGUGUAUGUUCCUGGAGCUCGGACAGGUGGAGCUGAACGGGAAGGUGACCAUUGAACUGGGAGCUGGGACUGGACUGGUCGGCAUCGUUGCAGCCCUGCUGGGUGCCUCAGUAACAAUCACGGACAGAGAGCCUGCACUGGACCUCCUCUCUGCUAACGUGAAGGCCAACUUGCCCCCAGACUCUCGGGGAUCAGCGGUUGUGUCUGAGCUGACGUGGGGCCAAGGUCUCGAUCAUUACCCCGCUGGAGGAUUUGAUCUGGUGUUGGGAGCAGACAUCGUUUACCUGGAGGACACCUUUGUGCCACUCCUGCAGACUAUGCAGCACCUGUGCUCGGACUCCAGCGUGGUGCUGCUGGCCUGCAAGAUCCGCUACGAGCGCGACACAGACUUUUUGAGCAUGCUGAAGCAGCGGUUUGCUGUUGAAGAGGUGUACUAUGACCAACAACUGGACAUCCACAUUUAUGAAGCUCAGAAACUCCCAUCCCAGAGGGAUCUGUGAGUACAGAGCAUGUACAAGAACAAAAAAAAAAGCUGCCAAAAAACUUUAAUAUUUGAAUAUCUGUAACAUUGUGUAUCAUACAAGGUGGUGUUGACAGAAAAGCACACAAUUACUCAACGAAAACUUAAAAAAAAAAAAAAAAAA